AUGCCUUGAGCAAGACACAACCUCGACUCCUCUCUCUCUCUCUCUCACCAUCAAGCUAUAUAACGCAACCCCCUCAAAGGCUUCUCCUUCCCCUGAGCGACACCAAUCAGCGACGCGACAUGGAAGAUCAUGACAACCUCAAGGCGACAGAGCUGACACUUGGUCUCCCCGGGACGGAUGCGAUAGAGAAGCCGACGCCGGCCGCCCCAAACGUCAACAAGCGGAGUAAGGAGGAGGAGUGCUGUGGUUUCACAGGGAGCAGCGGGCGGCCGGCGGCUAAGGCACAGGUAGUGGGAUGGCCACCUGUGAGAUCUUACAGGAUGAACAGCUUUAGGGAAAGGAAGAUGGAGAAGAAGGAAGAAGACACAACAGGAAUCUACGUGAAGGUCAGCAUGGACGGAGCUCCUUACCUGAGGAAGGUGGAUCUCGGAGUCUACAACAGCUACGAAGACCUCACCGAUGCCUUAGAAGCCAUGUUCAAAGGCUUCUCCUUGGGGAAGCGGAUCACACAAAGACAAGCUCAUGAUCUACACGAAUCCGAGCACGCCAUCACAUACGAAGACAAAGAUGGAGACUGGAUGUUGGUCGGAGACGUUCCAUGGGAGAUGUUCGUCUCGUCAUGCAAGAGGCUGAGGAUAAUGAAAGGCUGCGAAGCACGAGGCUUAACGUCGAGCCCGUAGCGAGGGAGUUGGAGACACACACAAUUCGAUUUGAUUUGGACAUCCUUCCAUCAAGAAGAGGAAAAAGAAAGAAAGAGAAAAGCUAAUAGAAGAAGAAGAAGAAGAAGAAGAAGAAGAAGAAGUAGUUGUAUUGAAUUAUUUGGACUUGGUUUUAUUUCUACAAAGCAUGAUUUCCAGUUGUUUCUCCAGCUUUUAUGAUCUUUGUAAGACUCAUACAUAUCAUAGUGAGAAGAUUAAUGGGUAUUCUUCUACCAAGAA